GGAAGGAGGCUUGUUUAUCUCUGUUUUGUCUUCGGACUUGUAAUAGCUACUUUGAUGUGUUAGCGAGACAAUCAUUUUUGUUACUUGGUUUAUCUGUUGUGACAUUGCUUUACUUAAAUCGAUUAUUCAAAACUAACAUUUUGGACCUUGAGAGUGGGGAUAGGGUAGUAUGUCACGUGAUCUACACUACGCUACGUAGAAUUUGAGUUGUCUAAACACACCAGAGUUUCAGAGUUGUACUCUGGCAUUGAAAAUACAGAACUGGACCGUUUGGUGAUGGACAUUCAAAGGGAGCACCCACGGUGUGGGUAUCGUAUGAUGAGAGCUUUUCUCCAAGCAAGUGGACAUUUGAUUCAGUUUUUUAGGGUACGUGAAUCACUACACAGAGUGGACCCAGAGGGAACACAACUUCGAGCCCUGGCUAACCGGACUCUUCAUCGCAGACAGUACUCCGUUCCUGCUCCGAAUUGCAUGUGGCAUAUAGAUGGAAAUCAUAAAUUAAUACGUGGUGUGUCACAAACAGGACCACUUCACUUCUUUUAAGCACAGGAUGGUAACCAUCGGUACCCUACACCUGUAUCCUACAUCACCCAGUGUGAAUAGGACAUUAGAUGAUGAAAUACAUGCUGUUACACCAUAUGACUAUGGUGAUUACUUUGAAAGUAUGGAUCCAUCUGCAUUCUCUCCCUGUGAUUAUGGAGAUCAUGCAUCAAGCAUCCUCCCCAUCUUAUACACCCUGUUUUUCAUGGUGGGUUUUCUGGGUAACAUGCUGGUGGUCUGGGUGCUCUUGAUGGGUGUGAAGAUGAGAAGCAUGACAGACGUCUGUCUCCUGAACCUGGCUUUAGCUGACCUGCUGCUGGUCUCCUCCCUCCCCUUCCUGGCACACUAUGGCACACACCAGUGGAUCUUUGGAGGGUUCAUGUGCACUAUUGUCCUCAGCGCCUACCACAUUGGAUUCUACAGUGGGAUUUUCUUCAUUGUACUCAUGAGUGUUGAUAGAUACUUAGCUGUAGUUCAUGCUGUGUUUGCUUUGAGAGUAAGAACCAGAACAUAUGGGAUCUUAGCCAGUGUGGUCAUCUGGAUCUUUGCUGUUUUAUCAUCCUUUCCGGAGCUGAUGUACCUGAAAAUCAGUUAUUACAAUAAAACAGAAACACUCUGUACAGCUUAUCCCACAGAUGAUACAAAUUCUAACCAUUCUUCAAAGACUUUUGGUAUCUUUAAGAUGAACAUUUUAGGCUUAAUUAUCCCACUCAUUGUAAUUGGAUUUUGUUACUCAACGAUUCUAAACAGACUCCUAACAAAUAGCUCUUCCAGGAAGCCGGCCAUUCGCCUUGUGAUUUUGGUAACAGUAGUGUUUUUCAGUUGUUACACUCCAUACAAUGUUGCAGCUUUUGUGAAAGCCUUAGAGCUUAAAAAUCUCAUUGGACACUCAUGUGAAAACAGCAAAAGAAUCACUCUUAGUCUGCAGUUUACAGAGGCUGUGGCUUACUUACACAGCUGUCUGAAUCCCAUUCUCUAUGUGUUUGUGUUUGAGAAGUUUAGAAGGCAUCUGUUCAGUCUACUGUACAAGACACCCUGCAGCAGACUACAUUUCAUGAAGAGUUACUUUACACAGGCCACAGGUUCUGUUUAUUCACAGACCACAAGAGUGGAGGAACAAGCUACAACAGCAGUGUGAUUUUAAUAAAUUGGUAAUCAGUACUUUUGGAUCUCGCAGUAUUGUUGCAGGGAAGAUUUUACAAGUUGGGUAACUCUUUUGAAAAAAAUAUAUAAAUAAAUAAUGAUAAUAAUAAAAUAUAAAUACAGAAGUGCCAAUGCUGCAGCAUUACAAAAGAGCAAAUAUUUUCAUUUAUGUUGGCAUUGUAGAAAUGUGCUAUUUGCUGU